AUGCCAUAUGUAUUCCAGCUGCUAGCUGCGUUACUUGAAGUAGACCCCACUGGCUCAUUCCCAGACUACUUCAAGGAUAUGAUUGCCCCCAUUCUUGCGCCAGUUAUGUGGGAACAGAAAGGAAAUGUUCCUGCACUAGUUCGCCUGCUGCAAGCUAUCGUUCGACGUGGGGCGGAUAUAUUGAGCAAAAACAACCAAAUUGAGCCCAUAUUAGGGAUCUUCCAAAAGCUAGUUUCUUCCAAAAUUAACGAAAGCUAUGGCUUUGACCUUUUGGAAACUGUGAUUUCGACAUUCCCCUCGGCUAUGCUACAAAGCUACUUCCCUACAAUCCUUCAGAUCAUCCUUACCCGACUUCAGAACUCGAAGACUGAAAAUUUCUCACUCCGUUUUGUUCGAUUCUACCACUUCCUCUCAGCUCACCUAGAGAAUGGGUACGGAGCCGACUUCUUCAUUCAAUGCACUGAAAAUAUUCAAAACGGUGUUUUCACCCCCAUUUACCUUAGCAUAAUCCUUCCGGAAUCGAGGAAGCUUGCUCGCCCUCUUGAUCGCAAAAUUGCAAUUAUUUCAUUUGCCAAAACUCUUGCACACUCUGAAGCUUUCGCCUCCCGGUACAAGAAGGGAUGGGGUUUCACAUGCGAGGCCCUACUAUAUCUUCUCGACCAACCGAUCCUGCCUACCACUGGUGACGACAUUGUAACCGAGCAUGAUGUCGAAGACAUGGCAUUUGGAGUUGGAUUCACCCAGCUAACAACCAUUAAGAUGCCACCUAGAGACCCUUGGCCAGAGACUGGCCCGCAAGUCGGCCAGUGGGUUGCUACUUACCUGAAGGAGCAGAACAGCAAGAAUAAUGGAAAGAUUCAGAACUUCGCUCAAGAGAGGUUAGAUCCUCAGAUCUUACCCGGUUUGGCCAAACUUCUCGCAUAG